GAUGUCACCAGUCGACGAGGUGCUCGAAAUCAGUUCAAAGAAAGACUUUCGUGCCAGCAGAAUCGUGUAGUGAGAAUUUUAGAAUGAACGUGCAGAAAUUUUCCGAAGAGUUCACGGAGUUAGUGAACCGAUGGAGGAGGCCUAUUCAAAACAAAGACGGCACUUCCGCUCCCUCUUUAACCAGCAGACAAAUAGUGUACACCGUACAAGCUGGGCUUCAUGUGAUUUUGGGUGACACAUCUGUAUCACGAUCCGCAUCGUUGAACAACUUACUAACGUUAGCUGAAUCGAACGAAGUUAAGUCAAUCAAAUCACCGACAUGGAAAAGUCAGGAGAAGAUAGACAUCGACGAAAAUGGAGCAAGCAUCACGUUACCUAAGGAUAAGAAGAUUAUCUCACAAUCGGGUUUAACCAUUCACGCGAGCUCCAUCCCCAAAUCCGAUACGUUCAUUCGCGAGCAAGCUGAAAAAGAUGCGGCAAAUGCCUUCGCCGAGCGGGAGAAGAAAAAAGCUCUCCUCGAAAAUGAGACGCUCGGUUACGAGCUGCAAAUGAUCAUGAAGAAAAUAGACUCCUUACGCGAGUACACCUCUAAUGUUGUGUCGAAUAUGAACAAUCUGGAUCAGGAUGUAGUUGGCAAAUCCACAAAACCCAGACGGCGGUUAUCUCUCGUAGGAGCUACUACCGGAAUGAAACGCUCUUCUCCGCUGAUGAGAUCAAUUCCGUCAUCUAAGAAUCGAAGAUCCGUGACACGAUCCCCGGGUACAUCCACCCCCUCAAACCUGAACACUACGAUUACGGCCGUGAAGAAGAAUGCGGUGUCCACGAGGCGCUCAACUAUCGUUGGUGCGGGUGACUUGAAAAAUCUGCCGAAAGUCUCAUCGUCGAUUAAUUCGCCAAUGGUGCCGGCUAUCUCGGUCACCAAAAAUUCACCAGUGGCCAAUAGCAAAACCUCGAAAAACUCGAAAUACGCGCACGUGCAGAGUACCAUACCGAAAGUUUUGGCAGGCAAACGGAAAGCUGAAUGAAUCGACAGACAGUGAAGAGACAAAGCUUUUGUUCUGUUGUUUUAUCGAAAGCAACAUGAAUUUUAUGGUUGAAAAUAAAUGUCUGUGCAGCGAAAAUGAAUCUGUCGGGAAAGCUAAAUAUCGGGAUUUAACAAGCAGGUUUUAUUUUGUGGUAAAAAUGUCUUUAGAAAGUAAAAAAAAUUGUUAUUUAAAUUAUUCUAUUUAAUGUUUUUUCAAAUUCUUCUGUAGUCAUAAAUCGACCGUGGAUUGGUAAAGUUUUAAAUAUAGACAGAGAAAUAUGUCCUAGAUAGUGUUAAAGGAAGAUAUAUAAAUAGUUACUCCUUCGUUAUUUCAUAUUAAUGCAAGAAAUAUCUCACGCUGGCGAAAUUUUUCACUUGAAGGAACAGUUUUAACGAAAAUUAUACAUAAUAUUGAGUUUUAAACGUAAAAUAAUAUACACGAUUUUUAACAUG